AUAAGCCCAAUAAGAUAGGACAGUGGAAACAAAAAAGAAGGGUUUCUCAUAAUGUUGAACAAUCAGUAAAGAUUGGGGGUUAUAAUCGAAAUAAGAGAAACUAUCGGCCCCUUAUUAAAAAAUUCUGUAAAACGGCGACAGGCGACUGAGGCGAACGAGCUAAAGCGACGGCUCGGCGACGGUGGGAUUUGUUUUCCCGGAGGUAACUAACUGACUUAGCCACAGUUUCGCGCAAGUCAUGGUACCAUUUUAAGGCUCUCGGUGCGCCAUCCCACUAGGGUCCCGUCUUGGGAUAGCUAGCUCCACUGUUACUUUGGCUGCUCCUGAUCCGGAUGGCAAGCGGAUCGGGUCUGGUUCUGCCACUCUUAACGCCAUUCCAUUAUGAGCAAUUAGGUUCCAAUCCUGGUCCCGAGGUAAAAUUGUGCUGCCAGGUGGAAGUUGCAAGUGGUACUUGUCCUACAGAGUCCUCUCCAGAGUCUUGGGUUAGAUUCCUCUCUGAAAAGCAUGUACUAAUGCUUCAUGCUGGAGGUGACUCCAAAAGGAUUCUAUGGGCAAAUCCUAGUCUUCCUCCCACUUCCUUAUCUUGCAGCUGAUGAUCCUGUUCCUCUCCUUUUUGAUCAUAUACUGGCAAUAGCUUCAUCAAGACAGACAGACUUUCAGAGAUGAAGGUGGUUUAUUCAUUAUGACUGGAGAUGUCCUCCCUUGUUUUGAUGCAUUUAAAAUGACUCUCCCUGAAGGCGCAGCUUCCAUUGUUUCUGUGCCUAUCACUCUUGAUAUUGCUUCCAACCAUGGUGUCAUUGUCACAUCCAAAUCUGAGUCCCGUCCUGAAGGCUUGUAUUGUCAGUUUAGUUGAUGAUCUUCUGCAGUAACCUACAGUAGAGGAGCUUUUCAAGAAAGAUGCAAUCUUACAUGAUGGACGGACGCUUCUUGACACUGGGAUAAUAUCUGCAAGUGGCAGAGCAUUGGAUGCUCGUGCCAACCCAUGAUCUCUGAGCUUCUAGGCAGUAAAAAGGAGAUGAGUUUGUAUGAAGAUUUGGUGGCUGCUUGGGUUCCUUCAAGCCAUGAUUGGCUGCGAACCAGACCUUUGGGUGAACUUCUGGUUAACAGUCUCGGGAGGCAAAAGAUGUACAGCUACUGCACCUAUGAUUUGCAGUUUUUGCGUUCUGGAACAUCAAGUGAGGUAUUGGAUCACUUAAGCGGAGAUGCUUCAGAAAUUGUAGGUCGAAGACACUUAUGUUCCAUCCCUGCAACUACGGUUUCAGAUAUUGCAGCGUCUGCAACUACGGUUUCAGAUAUUGCAGCGUCUUCUGUUAUUUUGUCUAGUGAAAUUGCACCUGGUGUCUCCAUUGGUGAAGAUUCACUUAUAUAUGCUUCAACAGUUUCUGGUGCUGUACAGAUUGAUUGUAGAUUUGUGAAUGAUUUUUGGGAUAUUUCUUUUACAGAAAAUUGAUUUUUAGGAGACU